UGUCCCCACGCGUGUGGGCUCCAGUGACGUUAAGAAUGCCCGUCCUCCGGCCCUGCGCGAGGAACGCGAGUCCCGGGGGCCGCGCUUCGGAGUCAGCCCCGGCUGCACCGUGGAAAACGUGAAGGCAGCAUGAAGUACUUUGACUCACGUAGCUUUCGGGCGGCGGAGCGGCUCGCUAGUCGGCACUGCAGGGAGAAUAAAGUUGCUGCUGUGAAAUAGGAGUCCCCCCCAAAGUGGAUCAUUUCUUUUCCUCUCCUCAUUCACCCUCCAGUUCAAACUUGCAAUGAGCGGACUGAAGUCUCCUGUGCUGCUGGGGCUGGUGCUCUUAAUGCUGUCAGCAGGUUAUUGCAAAGAGAGGACUGACUCCAUAGACCUGAAAGACAGGCAAAGCCUCUUCAAUCUCAUCAUGGAGAUUAUUCAGGAACUGAAAAGACACCACAUGGAAGAGGACAACGGGGUGCAAUACUUCACCAACCACGAUUAUACUUUAGACCGAAGAGAAGUAGCUGAUUAUGAAGAGUACCAGGACGAGCAGAGAGCUGAAAUAGUUCCUAGAGAUUUGAGGAUGAAAGACAAGUUUUUAAAGCAUUUAACAGGUCCUCUCUAUUUUAGUCCAAAAUGCAGUAAACACUUUCAUCGGCUUUAUCACAAUACAAGAGACUGCACCAUCCCAGCUUACUAUAAAAGAUGUGCCAGGCUUCUUACUCGGUUGGCAGUAAGUCCAAUGUGCAUGGAAGGAUAAGUUUUACUUGUAACAGUCUGGAACUUCUAGGGUCUUCAGAUGUCCCAUCCCCACAAAUCCCCUGUGCACUGGCAACAAGCAGGAUACACUUCUGACUAUGAUUUACUGGAUGAUUUGCAAAAGUUUGCUUGAAGUAUUACCUUAAUUGCCAGCAUUGUUGCUGAGAGAAAACUUUCCAUUACAAGUUGUCUUUUUACCCCUUAAAACUGUACUAAACAAACACUGUCGAAUGCUAAAAAUAUUUGGAAAUAUAUCAUAUUCUUGCGCAAACAAAAUAAAGUUUAAUACCAAAGCAAGAGUCUGCCACUGCUAUUGUUUGGGCUUCUCUUUUUAAUGAUGCCCCCAUAAAUAAAACUUUCAUCCCACAGUCUGCUUUUUCAUAUUCUACCCUUUCCCCACUUCAAAUGUUUUGGAAAACUGAAAGCACACUUAUGUUAUUGGAUAUGCCAUUUAUGUUCAUGAUAACUAAAAAGUCUGAUAUUCUUUCACUGUAGUAAAGCAUUAUACUUCCAUUCUUUCAGAAUCAAAGGGAAGGUAAUAAAGUAUUCUGUUGAAAAUUCAGGAAAAGUCAAACCACUGAUCUGGCGGAAGGCACUGGCUCAGCACCUGGAACUAGGGGUUGUUGAGCUACUUUUGAUGGCAGUAGCCUCUUCUGGAGAUGUACAGAGAGUGUUUCCUUAAUUUGGACUAGUUCAUUCAAGUUUGAGAAACUAAAUGGGAGCUGAAAAAAGUAGGAAAGCUUGUUUCCUUCACAAUCCAUGAAUAAAACUGAGGAGAGAGAGGAUGAGCUCUACUAGCUCUAAAAACUCAAAGGGCAUGGUGACCAAGCAAGCAAUUAAAGUCAUUAACAGUUAAUACUUCCUGUUUUGUUUAAUAAAUCAG